AGAUCGUGAAAGAAUAGUGCCAUAGCCAAUUGAAGUUUCUCAAAAUAGAGCAGUACAUCUUGUGAUAAAGAGUGAUACAUCUGGCAUUUGUAGUUGUGGAUCCAACGCUAAUAAUGUUUGAUCGGGAUUAUGUACAGUCUCUAAUAUGAAAGCUUCGAUGGAAUACGCUGAGCGCAUGUAAUGAAUGAGAACUAAACCAGAUACAUACUCUCAGAGGAUGAAGUAACCAGUGGGAUAUUCCAUUAACCGUAUGGCGAAUAAUAGUAUGAAUUGAAGUGAAAUUUAGUCAUGCAAAUUUUAUUUCAAGGGAAUGAUAAACUCGACAAAAUAUGAAUCUGAUUAUAUAUUACUGAGAUAUUAUCACUCUUGUUUGGUGAAUUAAUCAUGAAAUACAAAUAUAAAUCAAAUAUAAAAGGAAUCCUUGAGUGACGGCUGCUCAAUCAGCGGGAUCACAUGUUGUCUCUCUGAUAAAAACUGUCAAGCGUUUUGCCGCUUAUAUUUGACAUUCACCGAAAUCAAUGGCAGAUUAUGAUGGGAUUAUCACCGAUUGAUGUGGUAGUCAUUUUGGCUUUCGUGGGCGGAGUAACUAGUUUAGAAUGCUGGCACUGUAUCUCCGAUGACUGCGGUUCGGACCCCUCCAACAACUACAAGGCCUCCAAGAGACCGUGCUCGGAACAACAGUCAUGCCAGAAAGUAUAUUUCGAAAUGAUAGAGGAAACGGACAAAGGCACAUUUAUUCACUCUUCCAUUGUAAGAGGAUGUGCUUCGAGAUGCAUGUCACGUGAUGAUUUCGAGAACUGUACUCAUCAACUGCAUACGUCACGAGGUUGUGUACGCAAGGAUUGCUGCAGUGAUAACGACUUGUGUAACUCAGCUCAACACAUGCUUGAAAUUCCGUCACAUUUUAAUGUGAAAAUCAUGUUCAUAUUCCUUUUUUGGACAAGCUCAAAGUGCCUUUGUGAAGUCGUAACAAUGACUUAGGUAUGGUAAAGUGCUAACUAUCGGUAAGAAUGAUAGUUUCAGACAAUAAAACGAAUGCACGCAUGUCAGUAUGAAUAAGCAGAAAAACAUGUUAAAAAAGAACAUGUGAGACCUAGCGAUAAACUGGCAAAAAUAUAUCUGGUAUUCGAGUUCCAAUGUGACUACUCAAUACACAUGACACAAACAGGACAUGGAGGGGUAAUUUCUCACGAAAGGAAUAUGCCCAAUGGCAGAAAACACCAAGUUCAAAGUGUUGUCAGCAUCAUGUUAGUUUAUUUCGGAAUACGCUUUUAUACAACUGAAUUUGUUUGUGAUGAUACGGAUGAUUUUGAAGAAUGUAAUAAUUAUUCGAUUUUGAAUUCAAUAUAACAAACAGGACGCUUCUUGUUGGCUUGUU